UUGAAAUCAGUCUAGGCAUAGGCUGCCGUGACGUAAACCCGCCGGGGUAGCACGCGACAAAACCAAAACACCUUGGGCAGAACAAACGGUCAGCUUACUUUCAUUUGAAACAAUACACGAAAGGCUGAAUGAACAAAAACGACAAACAAGGAGAUCAACAGAGCCACGAGUCCACAGCAGCGCUUAUGAUGGGAAAGGCAAGCAGAUGUAGUGUUUCGCCGUACAGAACUUAAGAGGGGCUGAUGGAAUAACCAUGGCAACAGCAGCAGCAGUAGAAGCGGUGAGCUGCUUACAGCACUAAACAGUGAACGCUGUGGCCGUGCAUCCGCAGAUCCAUAGAAAGCGUUGUUGCAGGUGAAGCUUUUACGAAGGGACAAUUAGAAUUGCCCGAGUGGAGAACGUUGAGUAGAGGGGUCGUACCGCAUCAGUGCUGAAGGUGAUGACCUGGAAUCGAUCAUGUCUGAGGUACAGGGGACCGUGGAGUUUUCUGUGGAGUUUCACAAGUUUCACAACGUGGAUCUCUUCCAGAGGGGGUUCUACCAGGUUCGCGCUGGAUUGAAAGUUUCACCUCGUGUGCCACACAGAUUGAUAGCAACAACAGCAGGAAAUACAGGGGAGUCCAGCUUCAGUUCGGCCAGUGUCCAUGACGGCAGUGUGUUCAGCAGGAUAUUUCAGAUCCUGUACAGGAAUGAAGAGAUCGCUGUGAACGACUCGAUGAACUUCAAGGUCCACUUGCUGCUCGACGGGGAGAGAGUGGAAGAGGCCCUGAGUGAGGUGGACUUUCAGCUGAAGCUGGACCUGCACUUCACAGACAGCGAGCAACAGCUGAGCGAUAUCUCCACGGUUCCCCUGAUCAGCAGCCGGACACUGGGCCUCCACUUCCACCCACGCCGGGGGCUCCACCACCACGUCCCCGUCAUGUUCGACUACUUCCACCUGUCCGUCAUCUCCGUCUCCAUCCACGCCUCGCUGGUCGCCUUACAUCAGCCAUUGAUCAGCUUUGCUCGGUCAGGGAAGGGUUCCUGGCUGGGAAAGAGCUCUCCGGAGAAUGGGACAGAUCCUUCCGCCAUGUCGAUAGAGAAUCUCAUGUUUGGGGCCGGGUACUGCAAGCCUGUUCUAACAGAGGGCAGCUUCUAUGUGCCGUCUGAGAACUGCCUGCAGCGGGCUCAAACGUGGCACCGGAGACUCUGUCGCCUCCUGCUGGCAGCUCACAGAGGCUUACGCCUGUACUACACCGGGCUGAUGAAGGAGAUCCCUGAGCUGGAGCAGGUGGAGAUAGAGGAGCUGCCCAUAGAGGAGACACUAACUCAGCUGUCAAUUGAACUGCAGCUGCAGGGCGGACACGAGAAGGUGGCAGAGCAGAUCAGCAGGGACCUGACGCAGCUCUGCUCCCACCUCACCGCGCUGUGGACGCAGUUCCUGGACGCGACGGUGCCCCAUGCCGAGGUCCGGGCCUACCUGGCCCAGGAGCACCACACUCUGAGGGUCAGGCGAUUUUCAGAAGCUUAUUUUUUCUCGGAACAUGCCAAAGAGUCGUCUUUGACUUUUCAGGAAGAGCUGAUUACCAGACAUGGGCAGAUAGCUCAGGAGGUGCGGAACUCAGACUACUUGACACGGAUGCCACCUCUGCCCGUUGAGUGCCUAGACAUCGAUGGGGACUGGAGCAGUCUCCCCAUCAUCUUUGAGGACAGAUAUGUAGAGUUUCCCUGUGUGGGUCCGAAUUCAGAAAGCAUAUUAUUGUGUGCAUCACAUGUGCCAACUCCCCCUGCCACCGAGGACACCUCUCCCCCUCCUGCCACUGCUGCCAAUGCUACCGGACCUGCAGGUGCGCCGGACUCUCUCUCACCAGCAAUAAACCAGGACCUCCCCAACAGCGAGGGCUCGGCAGACCUGCCUGCUUACGUCUCCUUAAUAGGAGAGCAGAGUGAAAGCAAUAACCGUCACGCGGAGGCCGACCCGCCCAAGGAUAGGGACAACCCUCACCGUGAGGAACCGGAGGAAGAGGACCCUGCGAAGCCCGGGGGGGCCGAGGUGGAGCUGGAGCCGGAGCCGGAGCCAGAGCCAGAGGAAAACUGCGGCGUGGGUCUGAGGUAUAUUGAAGUCAGGCCCAGCGACACCAACCCUUACAGGGGAGACGCUGUACUGAUAGUGACAUCAGGCAGCGAACUCCACGCGGAGUCAGGUGGGGAGCUCAAUGUGGAAUCACAGCGCUCUUGUGGCGAAGGCUUGCCUAGCUUGCACGGUUCUGAGGACAGCAAACCGGAGAGUGAAGUUGUGAUAAAGAUCCAGGGGAACAACGAGGCGGAGGUGAGUCAAGGAACGACGGAAGGGGAGGUCACCCAACGUGGAGAUCUGCAGGGUCCUGCUAAGGAUUAUGGUAACAAUGACAUACUGCUGACCAGCCUGUCGGCCUCGGACUCCUCUCAGUCAGAGCGGCGGACGACCCCUCGCCCUGGUUUUGACCCACGGGGGGAGGACCUCCUUCGGGCGGAGCGUGUGUACAGCGGACGUGGCGGUGGGCUGGGUGGGCCCAAGGCCAUGAAGAGGUCCUCGUCGGUCAUCUCAGACUCAGGCAUCGAGAGCGAGCCCAGCUCGGUGGCCUGGCCGGAGGUGCGUGCCCGGCCGCAGGACUUCUCCAGCGAGCGGGACAUCCUGCAGCACCUGGUCCGGAGACACGCCACCCACCGCAGCUCCCUGGAGGGCUUUCAAACGGAGAGCAACGCCAGCCUGCCCAGCGGCAUCCAGGCCUCCCUCACCUCCAUCAGCUCCCUGCCCUAUGAGGAGGAGGAGCAGGAGGUGGAGCUCAGCAAGCUCACCAAGUCCGUCUCCGCCCCCCAGAUAAGCAGCCCCGAGGACACCGAGGAGGACCAGGAGGCUGCAAACCAGGACCCUGACACGGACAGUGAGGGGGCGGGCAGCUACGAGCAGGAGGAGGCCUACGCUGCCAUUAAGAACUUUGAUUCGCCAGUGGGGAGUAACCCUUCUCCUGAGGCGAUCCUGGAGGGAGCCAUGUUUGAUUGGGGCACGACCCCAAUCCAGGAGGAAAGCGUGCCCUACAUGGAGAGCUAUGAUCGUUCAAAAGAUCCAGAUGCACCUGACAAAGCAGACCUUACAGAGAGCCAUUCAGACAUUCAGGGAGUUGAGUCAGUAUUAAGCGGAGUCCCAGAAGUAUUGCUUUUCCAACAGUUUGUUGAGGAACAGGGUAUCAAGGACUCAGUGUUGCCAAAACCUCUGGAGAGUCGAGCUGACAGUCAAAACAGUGUUGAGGUAGAGUCAGAAGGUCCUCAGCUUUAUGGACAAAAUGUGGCAGGGUGCAACUGUGAAAUUCCUCUCUGUGAGCAUAAAAAAUGCCUAAUCGACAAAGGAGAAGUGGGGGCAUUUUUAAUCGACUCAGUGAACGAAGAUGACCAAAGUUUCCAUCAGAUUCAACUGAACGAGCUGGGUGAGGAGGACAGAGGCCUGCUGGAUCAACACCUCAGCAUGGACCAGCUGCAGGAUCCCACAGAGGAAAGCAGCGGUUGCCAGGUUGGUGGCACGGCCAGUGAAAAGCUUACCCAACCCUUAGAAGGUCAAGGCAAGUCCCCAAAGAUCCCCACGUCGGGGCUGGCCUUCAUGAACAAGAAGGUGGUGGAGGUGGUGAACCUCUCUGUGUCCUGCGCCCCCACAUGCCUCCCCUUCUCCUCCGUGCUGCGGGACUCCCCAUCCGUCAGCGGGAUCUCCGCCCGCCAGGCCACCUCCCCGAUCACCAGGCAGCCCCUGGGCUCCUUCGGGAUCGUCUCCUCCUCCUCCUUCUGCGUGGACGAAGAGACCAAUGAGAGGAUGCUGAACUUCUACAAGGUGAAAGAGGAGCUGAUGAUCCAGCUCAACUUCCAGGCCACUCUGUACAGCGACCUCCCUCAGCUGGCCUCAGACCUGCCCUACUUCCCGCCCGAGGAGGAAGAGGAGGAGUUCGAGGAUGGGAUCCACUUGGUGGUCUGUGUCCAUGGCCUAGAUGGAAACAGUGCAGAUUUGCGGCUAGUGAAGACAUUCAUUGAACUCGGACUUCCUGGAUCCAGGCUGGACUUCCUGAUGUCUGAGCGAAACCAGGCAGACACCUUUGCGGAUUUUGACACGAUGACGGACAGAUUGCUUGAUGAAAUUGUCCAGCACAUCCAGCUCUACAACCUGACAAUAGGCAGAAUAAGUUUCAUAGGGCACUCCCUGGGAAACGUUAUCAUCCGCUCAGUGCUGACGCGACCUCGCUUCCGCUGUUACCUGUGCAAGCUGCACACCUUCCUCUCACUGUCUGGGCCACACCUGGGGACACUGUAUAAUAACAGCACACUGGUCAGCACAGGUCUGUGGCUAAUGCAGAAGCUGAAGAAAUCUGGAUCACUAUUACAGCUGACUUUCAGAGAUCACCCAGACCCUCGGAAAACGUUCCUCUAUCUAUUAAGCCAGAAACCAGGGCUCCAGUUCUUCAAGAACGUGGUGUUGGUGGCAUCGCCGCAGGACCGCUACGUGCCGUUCCACUCUGCUCGGAUAGAGAUGUGCAGGACGGCUCUCAAAGACAGAACCACAGGGCCAGUCUACACUGAAAUGAUAAACAACCUGCUUCAGCCCCUGGUGGAGGCCAAGGACUGCAGGCUGAUCCGUCAGAAUGUGUUCCACGCCCUGCCCAACACGGCCAACACCUUGAUCGGCCGGGCCGCCCACAUCGCCGUGCUGGACUCUGAGCUCUUCCUGGAGAAGUUCUUCCUGGUUGCAGGACUCAACUAUUUCAAGUAGCUCUUUCUCUAUUUCUCUCGUUCUCUCUCUGUCUGUCUCUCUGUCUCUCUCCAACGGGAUGCAAGGGUGCUGCUGGUGAAACAGGUCAACCUUAUCAAAAAGUAUUAAAAAGGUUGCUGACGUUCUUGCUCCGAGUCACUCCGAGUUGUAUUUUACUUGAAAGACGAAACGCAAAUGAGUGAAAAGAGAAAAAAAUGCAUGGGAUUGGUGAUGCAGAUCAAUCUCGAAUAUACAUUUUGUAAAUCACAGACACAUUCUAAGUCCUACAGGUUCAAAAUAAAUCUGUAGGAAUAUUUUGUUGUAAAAUGAGAAGAAAAAGUUUCUUUUUCCAAGAAAAAAGGAUACUUACAUAUCAUUCACGAGAAUUUAUUUUGAUGAAUUCAUGUCCAUAAGUAUGUGUAUGCUUCAUGUGUAGUGCAUAUAUACUGUACUGAAUUCUAUCAUCACCACAAG